ACACACACACACCGACACCCACACACACAAAAAAACACACACACACACACAUCUAAGUAUGGAAACUCCCGCACAUAUGUUCGAAUACGAGUAGAAAAACGCGUUGCAGAGAGAGUUUUCCCUCGCUAACGAAACAUUUGGCUGGUAAAAAUAGUCCUGUGUGAAGACAACGAAAAUUGACAACAACAACAACAGCAACAACAACAGCAACAAAAUUGUGUGACGUGUGCUCAAAAGAUUGAUUGUUCAAGAUAUAUACACAAAUAAUUAAUACAGUCAAUUGGUAUUUAAUAAUAAUACAAUAUGACUUCGCUGAUGUAUGCGGUGUUUCACAUUGCAACACUGCAAUGCGCUGUCCGUCCGGAGAUUUCGCCGUGCACGUGCGAAACGGGUAAGGCGUUCAAUCACGUGGAGCUCGCCUGCGAAAAACUUGAAUCCUUCAAUGCGGUCGUCGACAGUUUGGCCAAUAAGCUCAAUCCGGACAUGAAAAUCGAUUUGAAAAUAACGCACUCUCACCUUGACGAUCUGGAGAUGAGAUCAUUUCGGGAUAUGAACUUUAAUCUGUACAAACUACGCAUGCAAUGGAACAAUCUAAGAUCGCUGCCAGAGCUGCCAUUUCGUGGGUUAUCGAAUGUCACCUACUUAAGCGUCGGCGACAACGAACUCGACGAGGUGCCGAAGCAUGUCUUGAAUCACAUGCCGCUGCUGCAGACGCUUGACAUUGCACGUUGCAACAUCCGAGCCGUGCAGCAAGACGAUCUCAAGGGCAUACAAAUGGUAACGAAUCUGAUAUUGCCGAGCAACAAUAUAACACGACUCGAUCGAGGCGCGUUCCCAUUGAGCCUGCUCAUUCUCCAUUUGGGCCGCAAUCAAAUUGAAUCGCUAAAUGGAUCCUUACACGACCUGACCGAGCUACAAUCGCUGUUCAUCAAUGCGAAUAACAUAAGUGAUCUGGAUGGCCAAUUGCCGGAUAAAAGUAAAUUGAUAUUGCUGAUGGCACACAAUAAUCGCUUGGAGCGAUUGCCCUCGAAUCUGGUGACUAUGGAUAAUCUGGAGACGGUUCAUUUGCACUUUAAUCGCUUGCGAUCCUUUGAUCGUGUGCUGCGGAAUGCCCCCAAUCUCACCGAGCUCUUGGCGAACAACAAUGAGUUGGAGUACUUGGCACAGGAUGAAUUCCUGGCUAGCUGGCAGAUGGAGACAUUGCAUCUGGCGUGUAAUCAUAUUGGGUCGUUGAACUACUCGCUGCAUCCCAUGCUCAAGCUGAAGAUUGGCAACUUCUCGUUCAAUGACAUCGAAGAGUUCUCUAUGGAGGAGUUGCACGGUUUGCGCUCCUUAAAGAUGGUCGAUCUCUCCUACAAUCGCAUCAAACGUCUGUUGCCCGGACAUAAAUCUAUGUCGGAGUUGCCACUGAUCGAUCUGCGACUGGAUCAUAAUCAGAUUAUCACCUUGGACUCGGCUCUGGCCGGUUUAAGUUAUCUACGCAUACUCAGCCUAUCGAAGAAUCGGAUCGAGUCCAUUCUACCAGGGGAUCUGACUGGCAUGAAUCGUCUGGAAAUACUCGACUUGACCGCCAAUCAAUUGGUUGACCUUAAGCAAUUGGAAACGACCUUGCUGCCGAAUCUGAGGGUUUUAAAGGUGGCCUAUAAUAAUAUUAGCAAACUGGAACGAGACUUUUAUGGGCUGCCUGUGCUGUGCCAGGUGAAUCUGACCAAUAACCAAAUUACGACCAUCUCAAGCGAACUAGUUACGAAUACGCGCUGCAGGACUCACAAUGUGCCCGGCAAACUGGAGAUAAAUCUGGAUGACAAUCCCAUAAUGUGUGAUGUUGGCUUGAACGAGAUCUGUCGUUUGAUGGCGGCGCAGGAUGCCAGGAUUAGGGGACGUUCGCAGUGCUUUGAGAAUGAUCAGGAGGUGUGCACAGUGCUGCCCAUGCUCUACAAGAUCGAUCUGCCGCUGAUCGUCAAGAUCGGCGAUGCAGAGAAUCCGAAAAUGCAGAUGAUCGUUCCAUCGCUGAUACCCAUCAAGAACAGCGAAGAGCUGUUGCCACCUUAUAUUAAGAGGCUGGGACAACCCAUAAUAAAUCCAUUGAUUAUACCUGCGGUUGUUGUCACAACACCUCCACCACUUGCACCCGUGUUGCAGUUGCAUGUGGCGCUGGACAACAGUAAUGCAACGAGCACAACGACAACAACACCAGCAACAACAACGACAACAACAGUUGCAGCUGCAGCUGCGACAACAACGGUAACUCCAAGUGCUGUGGAAAUGGUAACAACCACGGCGCCAACAACAACCUCAACGACAACAACGACGCCACAGCCAAAUGAUACGCUGCCCGUCGUCCUGGACAUCGAGGAGCCCAAUCUGACGACGGCCAAUGAGGCGCCGGGCGAAGCAGGAGCUGGACAUAGUAAUGCCACCGCAGCUGGCUUGCCCAUUGAGCAGCAGCUGGACGAACAGAAACGGAACAUGGAGAAGGAUCAGUUGGAGCAGCAGCAGCAGCAGCAGGGACAACUGCAGCCGCCACUCGAGGAGGAGGUGGCCAAAACGGAAUAUGAAACAGUUGACUAUAUACCGAAUGUGGUGUUGGCGCCAACGUCACCAUCGAGCAAAUCGAAUCUGCUCGAGUUGGACACCGAUUCGCAGUCGAAUUCGGUGCUGCUCGGCGAUCUGGAGGUGGAGCAGGCGGCACAGAAUCUCCAAAAACCCGAAGAGCCGCCGGAGGUGUGAGCAGGCCGCAGAGGAGGCGAGCUCGGCAAUUAAAUAAUUAAAUGUGAAUGGCUGGCAUUGGCUGGCCAUUUUGGGCCAAGUUUUUUGUGAGCAGGAUGUGGGCGGCGACAGCGGCGUUGUUGGGUGUUCUCCUUCUUUUUUUUGUGGGGCGUGGCAGCGUAACGAACGAAUUUUUGGAUCGUAUGUUUUUGUCGUUUAAGUUAAUUUAGUUAUUAUUUCGAUUUCGAUUGUAAGCCGAGUUUUUUGUUGUUUACUAUCAGAGGAGGAUUAUGCUGAUGAUGAUGAAGAUAAGGACGAUGAUGGACCCAACAAAAAAGGACAUUGAUAAGGAACAGGCUUAAGUUUUAAGUUGAUUGCUAGGGGCGCAAAUUAAUCGACUCACAGCAGCGAAUAUAAAUAUAUAUAUAUAUAUAUAUUUAAUAACUAUAUACACAUAUAUUUAUACAUAUAUAUAUGUACGUUGAAAAGUUUAAAAGUAGGUACUUAGCAUUAAACGAAAAACGAAAACAAACACAACUUCUUUAUACCCU